UAGGAAAUGACAUUGUGGCCAUUGUGUUCCAAGAAGAAAAUACACCAUUUGUUCCCGAUAUGAUUGCAUCAAAUUUCCUUCACGCUUAUGUAGUGGUUCAAGUAGAGAACGCCUGCACUGAUAACGUCCUCUAUAAGGUAUCUGUGACGGCAAGAGAUGAUGUGCCUUUCUUUGGACCAGCCCUCCCAGACCCAGCUGUCUUUAAAAAGAGUCCAGAGUUUCAUGAGUUCCUCUUGACCAAACUGAUCAAUGCUGAAUAUUCCUGCUAUAAAGCGGAGAAGUUUGCCAAGCUGGAGGAGAGGACACGUUUUGCUCUGCUGGAGACUUUAUAUGAGGAGCUACACAUGAACAGCCAGUCGCAUGAUGGGACUGGGAGGAGAUGAUGACAAACUGGAGAAUGGAGGAGGAGGCAGCAGUGGCUUCUUUGAGUCUUUCAAGCGAGUAAUCCGCAAUAGAAGUCAGUCUAUGGAUGCCAUGGGCCUCAGUAACAAGAAACCACACACCGUCUCCACGAGCCACAGCGGAAGCUUUACACACAACCCCCCAGACACCACCAAAACACCCGGCAUUG